AUGCCUUCGGAAUACCUUGGGGCCUUGAGGCUCGACGAUGAGGAACUUUCACGGCUCGAGCAGCUCGCGAACGAGCUUACCGGGGCGGUCAAACGGAUUCGUGCGGAAAGUCAGGCCACGAAAGCUAGAUACAGCGAUGCCCCUCGCCAUCAUGCCUUGUAUGCAGCCAGUGGCAUCCAAGAACUGCUGCGCGGACCCAAAGAGUAUGUGCGGGCCGCAUGGCUGCUGCAAAUGGUCGUUGCCGCAUUGAUGGUAUUUGAAGAUUUCAAAGGGUUUGAUCACAUACCCGCAGAGGGUGCCAUCUCGUUUGCCGACUUGGCCAAGAAACUCGACGCAGAGGAAGUCUUGAUACGUCGCAUCACAAACCCUCUGGUAGCCAUCAAAAUCUUGAAGCUGCUUACUCAACCGUCCCGGAGAGACAGCAACAAGUAUGUGCACCCAGGAGCACUGGCCAUGCCCACAUACUUUGCCAAGUAUGGGCGCAAGGAGCCGACCACCCGACACCAUACGCUCCUCACCUUUGCACAGGGCCGACCUGAGUUGACCAUGUGGGAGUGCAUUCGUCAACAAGGCCCCGAAAACGUCCAGAUGUUCAUGGACAACAUGGCGGUGUGGUCCGGGAACCAGCCAAAGUAUGGGACGUAUGAUUUUCGGUGGAUCGUCGACGUCGGGAACAAACAGCCCGGGCGGCCGCUUCUUGUCGACGUUGGGUCCAGCAAGGGACAUGUCACCCAGGCAGUCCUCGCAAGCACGCCCGGCUUGGAUGCCAGUCGCUGUGUGCUGGAAGAUCUGCCAGAGGUCAUCGAGGAGCUAGUGAGACUCGAUCCUGAGGACCUGAGAGGGUCCAGGAAGAUUCCCAUUAACUUUCACAAAGAACAGCCAGUCAAAGGUGCAUUGAUAUACAUGAUCCGCACGUGUCUCCAUGAUUAUGGCGAUGACGAAAGCGUCGAGAUAUUGCGCAUUAUUGUGGACGCCAUGGCCGACGACAGCAGGCUGUUGAUCUUGGAGCAGGUCCUAUCAAACCCUCCGAAGCUCUUCGGGGCGGUCAUGGACAUUAGCAUGAUGGUCGUCGGCGGCAAGGAGCGCAACAAGGAGCAGUGGGCCGACCUCGCCGCAAGGUCGGGGCUAAGGAUUCUCAAGAUUCACCAGGAAAAUGAGGAUGCACUAAUGAGUGCGAUUGAGUGUGUCAAAGUCAAAGCCCGUUUUUGA